AUGGCAGGGAGUUUUUGUUACAAGGACGUGGUUCCAUUCACUGCAAUGGUUGCAAUUGAGUGCAGCAACGUUGGUGUUAACGUUUUAUUCAAAGCAGCUACACAGAAGGGGUUGAGUUACUAUGUCUUCGUCGUUUAUUCAUUUGCUGUCUCCAAUCUUGUUUUUCUUUUGCCUCUGCCCUUUGUCUUCCUAAGGUCAAGUAGGCUUCCUCCGUUCAAGGUGUCUCUCAUCUUCAAACUUUUCUUCCUUGGAGUGAUUGGAGUUGUAGCUCAGCUUUGUGGAUAUAAAGGACUUCAAUACACUUCACCUACUCUUGCUUCUGCUCUUAGCAACCUUAUACCGGCUUUUACUUUCAUACUAGCUGCCUUUUUCAGGAUGGAGAAGGUGGCUUUGGGAAGCUCAAGCACCCAAGCCAAAAUCUUGGGUUCUGCAGUAUCUAUAUUAGGAGCACUCAUAGUUGUUCUCUACAAGGGCCCCACAGUCUUAUCAGCUUUAUCACCACAACUAUCACCUACCAUUGAUUCUCCAAUGGACUCAACAGCACAAACGAAUUGGGUUCUUGGUGGGUCUCUACUUGUCGUUGAGUUUCUUCUGGUUCCAAUAUGGUACAUUGUUCAGGCUAAUGUUAUGAAAGAAUAUCCAGCAGAGUUUAUCGUGGUCUUCUUAUACAACCUAUGUGGGACUUUCAUAUCUGCACCAGUGUGCAUACUAUUAGAAGAAAACUUAAGUUCUUGGAAGAUAAAUCCUGAUAUUACAUUGAUCGCCAUUAUAUACUCAGGACUCUUUUGCACAGGCCUAAGUUGCUUGGUUCACACUUGGGGCAUCCAUCUAAAAGGCCCUGUUUAUAUAUCUAUGUUUAAGCCUCUCUCAAUAGCAAUUGCUGCCACUUUGAGUGCUAUAUUCCUCGGUGAUGCACUGUAUUUCGGGACUGUUGUUGGAGCAUUAAUACUAUCAAUUGGGUUUUAUGCGGUUUUAUGGGGCAAAACAAAAGAAGAAUUGAUUGAGGACUUUGACAUAGAUGGAACUCAACCUCCAUCCAGUAGUAAGACUCCUUUGUUGUUGAGUUACAAUGUAAAAGAUAACGGAGAAAUCACCCAUAAUGAUUGUUGA